UCAACUUGAAUGCCAAGACCUACUCAUAUUUGGUCACUAUCCAACUUUCUCUUCAUUUUCAUUUAUUUAACUUCUAUAAUGGCUACAACAGCUUCUGAGGUUGGCCAAGUACAAUCCAAUAACAGAAAAAGUUUCACAAGCGUGAAAGCACUCACUGAAUCACCACAACUCACUUCCCUACCUCCUUCAUACACUUACACCACAAAUUCAGAUGAUGAGCAUGAGAUAGUGACAGACCCAGAAGAAGAUGAUCCAAUUCCUGUCAUUGAUUAUUCUCUCUUGGUCGCUGGCACACCUGAUCAACGGGCCAAAACCAUCGAGGACUUAGGCAAGGCUUGUGAGGAGUGGGGGUUCUUCAUGCUCACCAAUUACUUUGUGUCGAAGAGCAUCAUGGAGAAAAUGGUUGAUGAAGUUUUUGCUUUUUUCAAUCUUAGAGAGGAGGAGAAGCAAGAGUAUGCAGGUAAGGAUGUCAUGGACCCUAUAAGGUAUGGCACCAGCUCCAAUGUUUCAAUGGACAAAGUCUUGUUCUGGAGGGAUUUCCUUAAAAUCGUGGUGCACCCAGAAUUUCACUCUCCUAUGAAACCACCUGGGUUCAGGGAAGCAUUAGCAGAGUACAGUAGAAGAACCUGGAAACUGGGAAAGGAACUACUGAGAGGAAUAUCAGAAAGCUUGGGAUUGGGAGUUAAUUACAUGGAGCAUAGAAUGAACCUAGAUUCUGGUUUGCAAAUGGUAGCUGCAAAUCUGUAUCCACCUUGUCCACAACCUGAGCUUGCAAUGGGAAUACCCCCCCAUUCUGAUCAUGGCCUUUUGAACCUGCUCAUGCAGAACGGGGUUAGUGGCCUUCAACUGCUUCGCAAUGGCAAGUGGAUCAACGUCAGUUCCACUUCAAACUGCUUGCUAGUCUUUGUGUCCGAUCAUCUAGAGGUUCUGAGUAAUGGAAAGUACAAGAGUGUAGUGCAUCGAGCAGUAGUGAGCAACAAAGCUACAAGAAUUUCUUUAGCAGUAGUAAUUGCACCAUCCUUGGACACUGUGGUGGAACCGGCUAAAGAGCUGCUAGACAGUCAAAACAAUCCUGCAGCUUACAUUGGGAUGAAACAUAGAGACUAUUUGCAACUUCAGAGCAGCAACCGGCUUAAUGGGAAAUCUGUGCUAGACAAUGUUAAAAUCUGAAUUUGAAUCAUAUAGAGUUACCUCAAGCUAUUAGCUCUAAAGUUAGAGUUUGAAGCCAGUGUUCUGUAAAGUAUAAUAAGCAAGCCAAAGGGAUCUGGUUUUCUAUGAUCAUCUUAUGAGAACACAUCUGAUUCUA